GGGCAUAUUCCAAGUUCCAGCGCAGCCGACGAGCCAAAGGCGGAGCUGCCCAGGCACAGGCAGCCACAGCCGGUGGCCACAGCACAGCAGUAAACAAAUCCGCUCCGUCGUCGCCACGCUUCCCCCCUUCGUCAACACCCGCCACCUCGCCUCGGUCCGACCGGACACCGGAGGCUCCCAUCCUCAAUUCCUCGCCGCCUCCGCCGCCUCGCCCCCGCCCGCUUCCUUCCAAAUCUCGCGCCCGCGAUUCGGCCGGACAGGCCAGCCCCCUUCCUGUUUAGUUGGCUGAGGCGCCCCUCUCCUGCGUUCUUGAGCAAUUCUUUGACCGGAUUCGAUACGGUCUCUGCUCUCUCGCCUCCGCCAUAUUUCCGCCGAGCUUCCUCCGCCCUGGUCAAACUUUGCGGCCGGCCUUUUCCAGCGAGUUCCGUCCCGACCUUUCGGCUUUCGUCACAGCCCCGCCGCGGUGAGCACCUCUUCUCCCGCCCCCCCUUUUGCUUCCUCUCCACCGCUUGCCAGAUCCGCGCCCCCCUCCCGUCAGCUCCGCCUUUGCUGCUUCUUGCCUCAUCUCUGCUACUCCCCGAUAGGCUCUGCGACGCACCGAUUCCGCGCCUCCGAUAAGGGAUUCCUGCUUGUUGAAUCCCUUGUUGUUGGGCUUGCGGUGCAGCUCCUCAAGACUUCUACUCUUUUGGCGGCGUGCAAAGAUGGCGUCCAGCGCCGGUGAUCUGCCCGAGGUGAAGUUCAAGAGGACCGGUAGCCUGGGGAGCAGCGACUACGUGCGAGCUGACAAGAUCGACCUCACCAGCCUCGACAUCCAGCUAGAGCAGCAGCUCAACAAGAAAUGGGGCAAGACCAACAUCAAGUCCCAGGGACCCAAGGCGGACUGGGAGAUUGACCUUGCUAAGCUGGAGAUCCGGCAUGUCAUCGCCCAGGGCACAUAUGGAACCGUCUACCGCGGCACCUAUGAUGGCCAGCAAGUCGCAGUGAAGCUGUUGGAUUGGGGAGAAGAUGGUUUUGCCACAGAAGCCGAAACUACUGCUUUACGAACAUCAUUUAAGCAGGAGGUUGCUGUUUGGCAUAAGCUCAGCCAUCCUAACGUUACAAGGUUUAUUGGUGCGUCUAUGGGGACCACCGACCUCAAGAUACCAGUCAAUGACAACGGUGCGCGUGCCAACUUGCCAGCCAGAGCAUGUUGUGUUGUGGUAGAGUAUCUCGCUGGAGGCACUUUGAAGCAGUACCUGAUAAAGAACAGACGGCGGAAGCUCGCCUACAAAGUUGUGGUUCAGCUUGCAUUGGAUCUGUCCAGAGGAUUGAGCUAUCUACACUCGAGAAAGAUAGUACAUCGCGACGUGAAAACUGAAAAUAUGCUGCUUGACACACAGCGUAACCUUAAGAUUGCUGAUUUUGGCGUUGCACGUGUUGAGGCUCAGAACCCGAAGGAUAUGACUGGUGCGACAGGCACUCUUGGUUAUAUGGCCCCAGAGGUUCUUGAUGGUAAACCAUACAACAGGAAAUGUGAUGUUUACAGUUUUGGCAUUUGCUUGUGGGAAAUCUAUUGCUGUGACAUGCCAUACCCAGACCUAAGUUUUGCCGAUGUCUCUUCUGCUGUCGUUCACCAGAAUUUGCGGCCAGACAUACCCCGUUGCUGUCCAAGUGCGUUUGCGAACAUUAUGCGUAAAUGCUGGGAUGGAAAUCCUGAUAAGCGCCCCGACAUGGACGAGGUGGUGCAGCUUAUGGAGGCCCUCGACACAAGCAAAGGCGGUGGUAUGAUACCGGAUGGCCAGUCGUCCGGAUGCUUAUGUUUCACCAGGGCCCGUGGCCCGUAGAUACUUUGCACAGCACACUCCUCCCUUUGGCUAUGUGUUGCCACUCGACGUGACCGGGAGCUCCACAGCUUUGCUUCCCGCUGUCGCUUGUGCAGAUGCUGCUUGCAGCCCUCCGUAGUCGCCUUGCCGUUUCUUUCUACGGUGCUGUGUUGGUUGCAGCUCUCGUAUGAUCUCUGUGGUCAGCGGCACACUUCCUUCGUAUAGCAGUCUGUUGUUGUAAUAGUACGCUGUAUUCUACUAUAACUGAGGUCUCCCUCUCAUUCUUGGAGCUGCCGCCGCCUUCCUGCGUCCAUUUGGCGGCGGUACGUCUUGGAUACCGCGUCAUGUUUUGAAACCUUUAUCGCUGUGUAUAUUACUAUACCCGACUCGAAAUGAGUACAAUAAAAGUGCAUAAAUAUACUUGUGUUGAGCGUUUAUGGUA